AAAUUUUUUGAAGUCGUUUAGUUUAUAUUUUAUAUCCAAUGACAUAUUUCCUGUCGACAGGAGAAAAAAAUAUACGUACCAGCCACGUCAAAAUAUAAUCUUUAAAAAUGAUUGAAAUUGAAUCAAUGGCAAGGUAUGUCUCACCAAUCAAUCCAACGAUAUUCCCAGUGUUAGCACUUGUUUUACUUGGAAUUGGGAUUUUUUUCACUGCUUGGUUUUUCGUCUACGAAGUAACCAGUACAAAAUUCACUAGAGAUAUUUAUAAAGAACUAUUAGUGUCUCUUGUUGCUGCAUUAUUUUCUGGUUUUGGAGUCCUUUUCUUAAUGCUGUGGGUCGGAAUUUACGUAUAACAUUAAAUACUUACUACCAAAUGUUUUUAUUCUGGAAUAUCGCUAUUUUAACAUUCCAUCACUACUGUAUAAAAAUCAUAUGCAAUAAAAUAUUCUUUUCUUAAUUUUAAAA